GAGAUUAAACGGCCCAAAUAUCCCAAAACUCCAACCUAAAAAAAAACACAAUUUAUUGAAACAAUAGCUUCUUCUUCCUCGUCUUCCCCGAUUCAUCGAUUGGCAGUGGAUUAUCGUAGCUGCUACAAUCUUCCAUCUAACAGAGCUUACGGCGACCGAAUCCUAGUACCUGCGAAAACGGCACUUUGAGACAGCCAUAAGGAGUGUUCCCUAGCCAAUAGAUAGAUUCAUGGAACGACCUGGCCAUGAUUUUGCAGCUGCAUCUGCUAUGGCAUAUGCUCAGCAGCAGCGACCGCCGGCCGCGAAUAUGCAACAGCAGCAGCAGUUUGGAUUUCAUCCCCAGCAUCAGCAGUUUCCUUCAUCAAUCCAUGGUCCUCCUUUUAUGCCCCCAGGUCCCCCCUCCAUGCAACAGUUCCCUUACCAUCCCGCCCUACAGCAACAGCAGCAGCAGCUUCAGCAGUUACAUCCUCAUGCCCCUCUGCCACCCCCUCAUCUUCUUCAGCACCAAGCACCGCCUGCAUUCCCCUCGCAUUAUCCUCGUCCUCUUGUUUCAUCGCCUUUUUUCGAUUCUGCUCCACCCCCGGCUCCCCCGCCUUCUGACCCCGAGCUCCACAAGCGGAUUGACAAACUUGUUGAGUAUGCUGUGAAAAAUGGCCCUGAGUUUGAAGCCAUGAUAUGUGAAAAGCAACGAGAUAAUCCGGCCUAUGGUUUCCUCUUUGGUGAGGAAGGCCAUGGUUACUACCGUUUUAAGCUUUGGUUGUCGAGCCAUCCUCCGGGUGGUCCAUUUAACCCAGCGUUUCAAUCAUCUUCCAUGCCCAUGAUCCAUCCUCCUCCAAAUCCAAUGAUUAGCCCAUCACCUCUAAAUGCUCCUCCAAUGAAUGCUGCUGCGUCUUCAAUGCUAGGUCCGCCUCCUUUUCAGCAGUUUUAUGAUCAGCACCACCACCAUCAGCAUCCUCAGUCAUUCGGGCUUCAUGGUCGACCAGAGUAUGACCAGUCAUCCAAGUCUUUUAAAGGGCUCUCUGGGCCACUUCCUUCUGAUGUGGCAAUGGAGCUCAGCAAUGUUCUUGGCAAUCUCACUGGUACAAAAGAAUCCAUCAAAAGUGCCAAGCUUUGGUUCAUGCAGAGAUCUCCAUUUGCACCAGCUCUUGCAGAGGCUCUUCGAGAGAGGGUCUUUGCAUUGGAUGACGUUGAGAGGCAGUUACAUAUAAUAUACCUUGCUAAUGACAUUCUUUUUGACAGCUUAAAUCGGAGGGCAAGCACUCAUGAUCUUGACAAUGAGGCUCUUGCAUUUAAACCUGUUUUAGGCUCCAUGCUUGCAAGAAUUUAUCAUAAUCCACAAAGCAAUGAGGAAUAUAGGAAAAGAUUGCAGCAGAUGGUGGAGUUCUGGUCUUCUAAAGAGGUAUAUGAGCAAGAGACUAUAUCCUUAAUGAAGGGUGAGAUGAUUGGUGGGCCACAAUCAACUUUUCCUGGGGCAUCCAAGGAUUUAUCCUCUGCUUCAGCAGAUUCAAGUGCAGGAUUGCUGCAGACUCCUAACCAUAUUGGCCAACAGUGGCUAGCUGAUAGAGGGGGCGCUGGUUUAAGUGUCUUAGAUCAAGAUCGUCCUGAUAAACAUGCAAUUUUAGGGCAGUCUAUGCCAGCAUCUCUGGCUGCUCAGCAAUUUCAUCUAAAUUCUGCUCCUCCUAGUGCCUUUCCAGGGUCCAUGGCGAUACCAUCUACUGCUCAACCAACUAAUCAACCACCUGGUGCACAUUUAUUGCCCCCUCCAUCGUCCAAUACCAGCGAACAGUUGCCUCCAUACCCAUUGUUCCCACCUGGCCUCAUUCCUGGAAUGGUUAGAAAGAUGCAAAUUGGUAGUGGGGUCCCAUAUUCUCCUUUGAGCCCUUUGGAUAUCCCAACUAUGAUACCACCAUCAACGAUACCGCCGUCAGAUAUUCUUCAAAGAGUGUCGAAAUUUUUUAAAGAAAUUGGAGAGGUAAAUCCUUCUGAGGGCCCUAUGAAUUCUGAUUCAAGAGAUGAGGAUGAUGAAUAUGAUAGAGAAUAUGAGAGGGAGACUCCAGCAAGAAAGGGAGGUGCUUGCAUUCCUCCACCCGCAAACUUGCAGGUUGAUCCAGAGACAGGGACCUAUGCGGAUGGGAGUGUAGAUCGUAAGCCAGGGUCAAGUGGCUCGGGAAGGUUGGGGCUUGGUGCCACAGCAAAUCCCAAUGAGGUGAGUCAGUAUGAUGAUGUAUAUACAUCUUACAGGAAGCAGAGGAGCACAAAUUACCAUUCAUCAAUGAGUGCUAGAGCGAUCACGAGAUGAAAGCCCAUGAUUACCUUAUCAUAAAAAGUUAGGCGAUAGACUGUGUGUGUGUUUAGUUACCAGGUGAGUGCAGAACAAUCUUUCAUGUCUAUCUAUAAGAAGAGUUUUAUUCACUUCUAGUCUUGAAGUGCGUGAUAAUGUUCCUUUACACUGAUGUCAAUGAAUAUCGAAACAUAGCCUAGGUCUGUUAGCUUUGUCUUUGUUAAUGUUUCUCUGAGUGGCUGUUGUUAAACUGAUACUUUUGUCUGUUAUUUUAUGAGACAAUGACCCAAUGUUCUUUAUCA